GAGCUGAGGAUUUUUAUCUUCGUGCGUAAAAGCGCGGAUGGCACAGAUGGCACAGAUGUCGGAGUCGGUGAUGACACUGGACACUUGUAGCUCUCUGGACACAAUCUGAGCCGGGUGACCAGACUGUUUGGUGCAUGUAAACACGCACAGAGUCUCCGUCGUGGAUCAUUGAGGGACUUUAAUUUACGAGGAUUUAUUUGGUGUCUCUGCGUUCUUGGACCGGGCUGUUUGCAGGAGGAAGAGGAAGAGGAGGAAGAGGAAGAGGAGGGUUACAUGCUGCCGAGUCUCGUCUCAUGAUGGGACCGUAGAGGAUGAGCCACAGAAGCAGCCCGGCCAGAGCGUACGACUUUCUCCUCAAGUUCCUGCUGGUGGGAGACAGUGAUGUGGGGAAAGGAGAGAUCCUGGCGAGCCUGCAGGACGGAGCCAGCGAGUCUCCGUACGGAUACAACAUGGGAAUCGACUACAAGACGACGACCAUCCUCCUGGACGGGAGAAGAGUGAAGCUGCAGCUCUGGGACACGUCUGGUCAGGGACGAUUCUGCACCAUCUUCAGGUCUUAUUCCAGAGGAGCACAGGGAGUUAUUCUCGUGUACGACAUCACCAACCGCUGGUCCUUUGAUGGCAUCGACAGAUGGAUCAAAGAGAUAGACGAGCAUGCCCCGGGGGUUCCCAAGAUCCUGGUCGGGAACCGCCUCCAUCUGGCCUACAAGCGUCAAGUGACCACGGAGCAGGCGCAGGUGUACGCGGAGAAGCUGGGCGUCACCUUCUUCGAGGUCAGUCCGCUGUGCAACUUCAACGUCACCGAGUCUUUCACAGAGCUCGCUCGCAUCGUCCUGAUGAGACACGGCAUGGAGCGACUGUGGAGGCCCAACAAAGUGUUGAGUCUUCAGGAUCUCUGCUGUCGCUCCAUCGUCUCCUGCACUCCGGUCCAUCUGGUGGAUAAACUCCCCCUGCCGCUGGCCCUCAAGUCCCACCUCAAGUCCUUCUCCAUGGCCAAUGGCCUCAACGCCCGCAUGAUGCACGGACGCUCCUACUCUGUCACCGCCAACGCCUCCGCUCACCACGGCGCCACCAAGAGGACCGGAGGGACGCUGCUGAAAAAGCCCAAACUGAUCCGGCCGCCGCCGCUCAGCCCGUCUGCUCAGAGCUGCAGGAACAGCUGUAAAAUAUCCUAACAGCUGGACCGGGUGUCAGUAACCGUCUCCACCACGAACUCAAGCUGUGACAGGAACACAGACAGAAAGUGUUUCUGUCCUCUCCCUUUAUAAAAACCUGAAAAACAAUUCUAGAUUUUAGAGGCAUCUUAAGUCUGAAGUCUUCAAUCUGAUCUGUAGAAAAACUACCAGGACCCGACAUGUUUACUGACUGUAAAUUAUUAUCUAAAAGCUGCUUUUUAAAUUAUUUUCAAGUUUUAAAAAACAGUUGUGUAUUAUUAACACAAACCUUAAACCAAACAUAUUUCAACCAAACAAA